CAAAUACCUGCUGCAUCAUGAUAUAGGUAACAAUUUUUUGAUUAAAAAGUGACAAAAUUACAAAUAAAUAUAAUGUAAGCAUCUACAGUUAAACAUUUUUAUGAUUCGUCAACUAUCAAAGAAUGGAGUUCACAUAAAGCUAUUUAUUUAUUUAUGAGCUUUUAGAGAAAUCAGAAAGGCUACGAGUUUUAAUUCACGGAAAAAAAAGAAAUAUAGUUCAUGGAAUGGAGUCCAAUAGUAACUAUAAAUAUGGUAUUAAAUCCACAUUUUCACAAUGUUUGGCGUUAGUCGGAGCUGGAUUCUUACAAGUCGGAGUCGGCACAGAGCUAAUUUGUUCGACAGUCAUCAUCGGAGCAUUAUCAGACCACUCGAAUAAAAAUGAAUGGCUUACCAUGACCAAUGAGCAGAUGUCUUGGUUUGGAAGUCUGUUGUACCUUUGCACACCUCUGGGCAGUCUGAUGUCGUCGCUGGUGCUGGAUUGGCUUGGCCACAAGAAAUGCAUGAUAAUCACAAACAUACCGUACUUGGUGUCUCAGAUCAUGUUUUUCUACGCCGAAAACGUGGAGACCAUGUACGCGUGCUCGAUAAUGAUGGGGCUAAGCGUAGGAUUCUCGGGCGGCCCGUUUUCUGCGUACAUAGGUGAAGUGUGCGAACCGAAGCUCAGGGGUGCUCUGAUGUGUGCCACGAACGUGUUCUACUUCAGCGGUUCACUGCUGUUCGCCGCCAUCUACGCCAUCACCAGACAGUGGAGGUUGACCGUACUCAUAAACAUGGCGAUACCUAUCAUAACUAUUGCGAUUUUGUGCGUGAGUCCAGAUUCUCCGAUGUGGUUACUGUCCAAAGGCAAGAACGAAAAAGCGCAACGGACUCUUGGCAAGUUACGUGGAUGGGUGACACACGAUAAAUGUUCUAACGAAUUUCACGAAAUGGUAGUGUUCAUGUCUGCAAAUAAAAACUCGUCGAACAAUAAAAAUGACAAAACUGAUUCCGAAAGUUCUUGGAAACAACUGCUUCAGCCAGACGUGAUUAAACCUUUUCGUCUACUACUGAUAUACUUCUUCUUUUCGAACUUGUUAUCCGGAGUACCAUUUUCACCGUAUCUAGUAGAAGUAUUUAUGACGUUUGGCGCCGAUGUCGAUGUCCAAUGGACCAUAGCGUUUUCGUUGGGAAUAGCUAUAGUUGGAGGCAUAUUGACUGUUUUUAUGGUGAACAGACUUGGAAAACGAUUCCUUACAUUAACGACGUUGUCGAUUUGUUCAAUUUGUUACAUAUCAAUUGGAAUGAUUGGUGUUUAUUGGACGAGUUCAAAACAAAUAAAGUCUUGGUUAUUACUAACAUCCUUCCUCAUAAGUACGUUCGUGGCAUCGUUCGGCAUAAUGCCUAUUGGAUGGAUACUUCUUACUGAAAUAUUCCCCAUGAAGAGUAGGAACAUUACCUGUAGCAUUUGUUCAACGCUGUCUUACAUUCUCAGUUUUUUCAUGACCAAGUAUUAUACAAAUGCCGUCUAUUUAGUGGGUUUCUACAAUACAUUUACAAUAUUUGGAUUUGGAGGUUUAAUCGGUUGUGUGUAUUUCUAUUUUUGUCUACCUGAAACUGAAAAUAAGACAUUGCAAGAAAUAUCGGAAUUUUUCAAAUAAACUAAACAAAAUUUAAUUUUGAGUAAACAUCUUUGUACGAGACGACUGUAAUAAUAAUAUACACUAUAAGGUAUUUAAAUUUAGGUUUCAAAUCUAAUUAUGUGUAUUAUAGUACAUGUAUUCUAAGGCAUAACACAUAUUAUGCCUAUUGUUGAAAUUUUUACAUUAUUUGUCCACAUGAAGUUUAUA